GCCCCUCCCCCUGUGCGUGCGUGCGUGCGUGGCCCCGCGGUGACGUGAAGACGCCGGCGUGGCCAGAGGCUGAGGUGGCAGUGGCUUCAGCAAGAUGGAGCUUCCGCAGAUGCCCGAGUUCAUGGGGUUGUCCCUGUUCUUCGGGCUGCUGGCCUUGAUGGCCACUGCAGCGGUGGCGCGGGGGUGGCUGCGCACAGAGGUGGAGACGCGCGGCCGGCCCUCGGGCCAAAAAGCAAAUGGAUUACCACGAGAGAAAUCCUCAGGGGGAUCCAAGAAGCAGAAACAGAAUCAGCGGAUUCGCAAGGAGAAGCCUCAACAGCACAACUUCACCCACCGCCUCCUGGCUGCCGCACUGAAGAGCCACAGUGGGAACAUAUCUUGCAUGGACUUUAGCAGCAAUGGGAAGUACCUGGCCACCUGUGCAGACGAUCGUACUGUCCGCAUCUGGAGCACCAAGGACUUUCUGCAGCGCGAGCACCGCAGCAUGAGAGCCAAUGUGGAGCUGGACCACGCCACCCUGGUGCGCUUCAGUCCUGACUGCAGAGCCUUCAUUGUCUGGCUGGCCAAUGGUGACACUCUCCGUGUCUUCAAGAUGACCAAGAGAGAGGAUGGGGGCUACACCUUCACAGCCACCCCCGAGGACUUUCCUAAAAAGCACAAGGCGCCCAUCAUCAACAUUGCCAUUGCCGACACAGGGAAGUUCAUCAUGACUGCUUCCAGUGACACAACUCUGCUCAUCUGGAACCUAAGAGGGCGGGUGCUGUCUACCAUCAACACUAACCAGAUGAACAAUACAUACGCUGCCAUAUCCCCAUGUAGCAGGUUUGUAGCCUCGUGUGGCUUCACCCCAGAUGUAAAAGUAUGGGAAGUCUGCUUUGGAAAAAAAGGGGACUUCCAAGAGGUCACGCGGGCCUUUGAACUGAAGGGCCACUCUGCAGCUGUCCACUGCUUCGCUUUCUCCAACGACUCCCGGCGGAUGGCCUCUGUCUCCAAGGAUGGCACGUGGAGACUGUGGGACACGGACGUGGAGUACAAGCAGCAGCAGGACCCUUACUUGCUGAGGACAGGCCGCUAUGAAGAGGCAAGCACCAUGUUGUGCCGCCUGGCACUCUCCCCCGACGGCCAGGUCUUGGCUUUGGCCAGUGGCAGCAGUAUUCAUGUGUACAAUACCCGGCGGGGUGAGAAGGAAGAAUGCUUUGAGCAGGUCCAUGGACAGUGUAUCACUGACUUGUCCUUUGACAUCACUGGCCGGUACCUGGCUUCCUGUGGGGACCGGGCAGUGAGGCUCUUCCAUAACGCCCCUGGCCACCGGGCCGUGGUAGAGGAAAUGCAGGGCCUCCUGAAGCGGGCUUCUAAUGAGAGUACCCGUCAGAGGCUGCAGCAACAGCUGACCCGGGCCCAGGAGGCCCUGAAGAGCCUGGGCGCCUUGAAGCAGUGA